AUGUUACAGCCGCCGAUGACCCCGUCCACGGAACGGGGUCAUCGGCGGACAAAUGGAGGCAACAAGGCCUUUCACAACUUUGCAAACGACUACUCUCACAUCACAGACCCCACGUUAAGGAGACGAUUGGCACUGAGCGAGAUUGACAAGGUUCCUUUUGGCUUGUACCAUGUAAGAGCUAUUCUGGUUGCUGGUGUUGGUUUCUUCCUCGACUCGUACGACAUCUUUGCCAUCAACCUCAUCACUACCCUUCUUGGCGUAGUGUUUUGGCAAGGGCCUCCUGAAUCGAGUACGCAUGGAUAUGGUGGCAACAAUGGCGAGCUGCCGGGCCCGGUCAACUCGGCUCUCAAGGCUUCAACCAGUGCUGGAAUCAUUGUCGGCCAGAUCGUGUUCGGCUGGUUGGCCGACGUAUUUGGCAGAAGAAGGAUGUAUGGUGUGGAACUUGGAAUCAUCAUUUUGGCAACGCUCAGCGCCGCUCUGGUCUCGCCGAGUCAAUCGGUCAGCUUCACUGGGCUGAUGAUCUUCUGGAGGGUUAUCAUGGGCGUCGGCAUUGGAGGCGAUUAUCCACUCAGUUCAGUCAUUACAUCAGAGUUUGCGCCCACACGAUGGAGAGGAGCCAUGAUCGCGGCUGUGUUCUCGAUGCAAGGCAUGGGCCAAUUAGGUGCGGCCGUCGUGGCUUUAGUUACCGCCGAAGCCUUCAAGGACUCCUACCUCGACGUCCACACUCUUGGCGACUGCCACGCAAGAUGCCAGCUUGCUGCUGACCGUUCAUGGCGCAUCAUUGUCGGCAUGGGCGCCGUGCCCGCCUGCAUAGCACUGUACUACCGGAUCACGAUUCCAGAGACGCCACGGUACACCUUUGACGUGGAGCAAGACGUUGAGAAGGCCGAUGCGGACAUUCAAGCGUACAUGGCGAGCAAGUCCAAGGGUGACUACGAUCUGGAUUUGCAAUUCAAGAUGAAGAAGGAGACCGGUCCCGGUUACAACACUCCGGGGGCAUCCUGGCCUGAUGCCUGGGCAUACUUCACGCAAUGGAAGCACUUUAAGAUGCUUUUGGGCACUGCCUUUUCCUGGUUCUUCCUGGAUUUGGCGUUCUACGGCCUCGGGCUGAAUAGUACUGUUGUACUGCAAACCAUUGGCUAUGCCGACGGAGCCAACUUCUACAAAAGACUACACAACCAAGCCGUAGGAUUGAUCAUUCUGGCGUGCGCUGGUGCGAUUCCAGGCUAUUGGGUUUCCGUUUUCACCAUCGAUACUAUCGGUCGUAAACCCAUCCAGAUUAUGGGCUUCUUCAUGCUCACCGUUAUCUUCUGCGUGCUCGGCUUCCUGCUCCACCAGUUGACCGAUGCCGUCUUUCUCACUUUGUACAUCACUGGCCAAUUCUUCUUUAACUUUGGCCCUAACACCACCACAUUUAUCGUUCCUGGCGAAUGUUUCCCGACCCGAUACCGCUCUACGGGACACGGAAUAUCUGCAGCGAUGGGCAAGGUCGGUGCUAUCCUAGCGCAGGUUAUUAGCAUCCCUCUGCUCGCCAAAGACGUUCCUGGCGACUGCCACGGCGAGCACUGUGCGCCCUGGCUCGACCGUCUCCUGGAGCUGUUCGCACUUUUCAUGUUCCUCGGCAUGUUGUCGUCUUUACUCAUCCCGGAGACAAAGGGCAUGACUCUUGAAGAACUUGCCGGUGAGACACCGACAUCCUACAACCGCGGUCGCAACGGCAGUAUAUCGCAUUACCCGCGCCCGCAAUCGAAGUGGAAUCCCUUCAACGGUGGUCACCCCGCAGGAUUCCAUUACCCGAGGACGAGCACCGUCAAGGCAGCACGUGUCGGGAUCAUGACGUCACCCGACCUUCUAGCAGAGGAAGAGCGCAGGAGAAGAAGUCAGUCCCGGUUCUGGCGCAAGAGGCGGAAAGAAAGGGGUGGCGGAAGCAGCAUCGGUGGAACGUACGAGUACGCAAUGAGCAUACGCAACAGCGGUGUCUCCUCGGCGUACACUGGGAGAAAUAUGGGCGCUGUCGACGAGCAGAUGCCCGCCGAUCCCGCGGCUCCCGGCGUAUUCCCGACAUGGGGCGCCGGGUGGGGCCGGGUGGACCGUGGGGCUCAGCCGAUGGAGAACGUCAAGUUACACGACGUGGGAAGCCUCCUGAGGCGGGAUUCCCGCGCGUGA